GCGUAGCAUCACAUGAUAUGGUCAGGUAGGGCGAAAAACGGUAUAUAAUAAUAUAAUAGGGCCCUAAUUUCCUACCAACGUAAAACCUGUAGGGCAUGGCAACAACAACAGUAGUAAUUCAUUGCUAAUGCAUUAUUCACAAUGGAUGAGAUAAUUUCGCUACCUCAACUAGACCCAUGGUCUGAUACUGUUAGUAUUGAUAGUAGUCUUCAAUUUGAGGAUGAAAGAUAUCGGGAAGAACGACUUGUCACUGAAGAAGAAGAAGAGGAGGAGAAGAUCGAAACAACCACAGUUAUUUCAAGCGAUGUUAGCGACAAAGCAACCCGGGUAAUGAAGGUAAACUAUACAACAGAUUUACCAGAAUACCCCGAAACAUCCGAAAAUGGGGUCGCCUAUAUCAUCAAUACUUCCUCAAUGACACCAGAAGCAGUUGAUGCUAUGUGUAAUAAUGUCCAAUAUUGCCAUAAACGACUUCAGCCACCAAAGCCAACGCACUGCAGUGUUCUUAACAAUGCUUAUUGUAAAAGGAUGACUUAUAUUUGCACAGGUAUAACGCAUUGUGAAUAUCUCCACCCACAGUUACAAGAAAUGCACCACACAAAGCUCUGUGAUGACGAUUGGAAGAAGAUUAUUCAGCUACGAGCAAAUAGUUUUGUUCUUUCUAUCUUCCACCUGUUUAUGAGUAGGAGAGCUUGUCAGAACCAAGAAGACUCAUGUAGCUUUCAACUUGUCGCCUCAGAAAAUGUAACGAUUUCAAAUAUGCACCAAUAUUCUAUUCAGUGUCCGCAUUCGACACCAGCAAACUACCACUUCUUCCGACCUAUCCCAGCAACACUUUAUUCAGAACUCCCAUUUAUACAAGAAAGGCUAAAUGGAACUAUAACUGCAUCUGAUGAGUUAUGUGCAGUUAUCGAACAGAAUUCUACCCGAAGGAAACAUUGUGGGGUCGAGCAUAUCCAAGGCCGUGGCAAGUUAAUCCAUACAAAUUGCAACGUUCAAUUCCGGCUUUUUCAACCAUAUAAUUUAAUCGACUGUCCUUAUAUUAUUUGGACAUCACAUGGUGUCCAUUGUCAUCCUCCACCUCCACCAUCACGAACACCACAACAGCUUGUUGAUAGUUUAUUAACUGUCAUUAAGAAAAUCAAUGAUCCCUCAUUAACAACAAGGACGUUGCUAAAGAACCCUGCAUUACAGUCCUUCUAUGAACACUGGAACGGCAAAAGCUUGAGUGACGUGCAUAAGAGCUUAAUUAACCUUGACAAAAUCAGCUUUAUUUUGCGAAAGCAACAGUUGCUUAACUACCCUUACGGCCAACACCUUAUUGGUGUUCAACACGAGUGGGAUGUAUCUCACAAAAACAAGCCAAAUAGCUACAUUAAAAAUUUAAUUCUGAACGAAGAGAAAUUUAUGGCAGUGUGCUUCUAUACAGAGGCAGCUAAAGUGUUAUUAAAAAGGGACUCGUUUGAGAUUGACAUGACCUUUAAGAGGAUUAAAGCUUCUGAGAUUAACGAGGUUGUAUUUGCUGCAUUUCUACCAGAGUUAAAUAAAGUGGUGACGUUUGUUCGUAUUUUUGUUAACCAAGAAUCAACGGAGAUGUAUACUCAGCUAUUCCACACUGUGUUUAAUGCAAUAGCCAAAGAAACAGGCCAACGAAUUCAAUGGAAGCAUCUACACCAAUCUGGGUUUGGGGCUGUUGUAAUGGACAUGGACUCAAAACAAAUGUCUGGCCUUGGACGAUAUCUAUCAGAUAUUGACGACCACCAUCGCCCCUGGCAAUGGCAUGUACAACAUGUUAUUAUAUAUUGUACAAUCCAUUUUAAGAGAGGCAUCUUAAAAGCUGUUGGAACAGCCUUUUCUGGCAACUUCUUACGGCAGCAAAUGGAGCAACUAUUAUAUGUGUCGACCCGAGAGGAAUAUUUUGAACUCUGCAAUUUAAUUAUAAGCGACAAACAAUCUACAGAGCAGAUUCGAUUUUGGGCAAUACAUAAGAAGCAACUUUGUAUUGCUUCUGGGUUAAAUGCUUCUUGUUCGUUAAUGGACAAUGAAUUAUUUUUUCAGAUCCGUCGGCAUACAAAUGCUGUCGAGAAAACGCACUGGAAAAGCACAUCACUUGGAAAGCAACUGUCAAUAUUAAAGGCAAUUCAAAUGGGCCAAAUACUUGACGAGACAGACCUAAAGCAAUAUUUAGGGAAGGUUACUCAUGGUGUAAACCACUCUUGGCGAUCAAGUAGCUUAUCGUCUCGAUAUGCACUUCAAGAAUCUCGACACCGUCGAAAACGACAACGCCAUGAGACUGAUUAUAAUGAUGGUAUAAGUGUUAUUUCAAGUGCCUCAUCUUCCGGAUCACGGUCACAAUCAAGAUCAAGGCCACGAUCACAAAGGGGAGGAACCCUUCGGCGUGUUGCGUCAAUUACUUCUGCCUCACAAGCUCAAGAGAUUUCAAUCGAGCAAUCACGACUUGAACUUCAAGCUGAAACAGCACGGGUACGGCGAAUGGAACUUGAGAAUGAGAAACUUGAGUUAGAAUUGAUAAAUCUUCGCGAAGCUGCUCGAGGUAGAGCUGAUCUAUAAUACAUUAUGAAUAGAUUGUAAAUGCAUUGCAUAU